AUGUUUGUCGGAUUGGGUUCAAGUUGGCGGAAGUCACCAGAUGCUGAUGUAAUUCCGUUACAGUAUCUGGGUGUCACAGAUACUGAGCUCAACAAUCUAUCUUUGAACAAGUUGAUGAACUAUGCCCUUACCAAUCUGGAAGACAAGUCGAAAGAGGGUGGAUACGCGGUACGACACAGUAUACUACCUGUUUCGGACUUUGGGUCUGGAUGGCAUGGUGAACCUGAUCCAAAAUUGAAUCCAUUGGCAGCAGCCUAUCCAAUUUUAUUCCUGUAUGGUAUCAGAGGGAUAGAAGGACAUCGAGAGAAGAAGAUUGGAUUUGAUGAACAUGUACGAUGGGCCUUGCAAUAUUAUGACCAUCGCUUCCGCAUCCAUCACUCGUUCCCAUUUUUUGUGUUCAGCAUUGCACAAAAACGAGAAGUGUUGAAGUCUGCAUGGAUUCAGAUGUGA